AUGAUUCUACGUCGCAAGUCCAAACACUCGCCAGGCUUGAAACUCAAAGUCAAUGCCUACAGAGCAGCAGACCUUUGCUUGCCAGAAACGUAUAAGGGCAAGCUGAUCAAUGCUGCGUUGCUAGUGCAACUAAACAACUUUAAGAAACGCAGCAGACGAAAGCUCAACACUUCACAUCCGCUGUGGGACGAUGAGUUUUAUAUUCCGUUGAAGAGUGGCGACUGUUCGCAAUUGCUUACGCUUUCGGUGUGGAGCAAGCUGGCCAGGUCCAAGACGUACUUGGGCGAGGUGAGACUCUUGCUUUCAGAGAUCUUUGACGACUCGGAACUGUUUACUACGUCGCCUAAAUGGUAUAAGUUGUUUUCGAGUCGCCAUGAACAUUCGUUUGUUACGGGCUCGCUUCUUCUACUGUUUGAAGUGUUGCUUAAAGAUGGAGAUAAGGUGUCUGAGGCGUUUGUUAAGGAUUCCAACACGCCAGGCCCUCUGCUCCGUGUGACGCCGCCAACACUGCACAAUUUGGCAGCUGGCCUUCCUUCGACGCCUCCUAGACUGGCUACACCGCUUUCAGAGGACUUUUCCACGUUGGAUGUCUCAGAUACUGAAAAAAGCCGACCCACGGAUAUAAGCGUGGCAUUUAGAGCGUGGCUCGAUUCGCUCAUGUAUCAGGACUUGAGCUCGGCGGUGGCGAACCCUGACGAACAGAGCUUUUAUAUUGAUGUCAAUGGGCAGAUGCUGGACCUUGCGUUUACUGAUGCCUCGGAGGCCGAGUCUAUGGAGUCGCCCAGGAAACCAAAACGGUCUACUUCUGAUUCGAGCCCUAGACAGUUUCUCCAACACAGUCAGUCUCAGCAGCUUUUUGACGAUUUGCACAAGUCGGGCUCCCACUUGAAGGUGAUUGACGAUGACGUGGAAGACUCUGCGAGCAUGUCUGAAGCGUCCUCUGCUACGAGUAUUGGCUCAAUGUAUGCCAGUGACGGCGGUGGCUUAUACUCUGACGCUGGCGUUAGUGGUUCAGAUGCUCCUAAAAAGCGUCGGUUCAGGAAGAAGAGAGUGGCCUCUAACUAUAAGCUUCAAAAUAGAAACGUCAAGGGCGUUCUUUUCGUUGAAAUCAUCCUGGUUACGGAUUUACCGCCUCUACGCAACUUCACACGAACAACCUUCGAUAUGGACCCUUUUGUGGUGGUUACGUUCGGUAAAAAGACAUUCAGAACCAGUUGGAAGCGCCAUACGUUGAACCCCAUAUACAACGAAAGACUUGCAUUUGAAAUCCUUGAACAUGAAAGAAAUUACAACGUCCAGUUUUGCGUGCUAGAUAAAGAUCACUUUUCGUUUCAUGACAAGGUUGCCGAUGUUUCCAUUCCUAUAUCUGAACUCAUGGAUGUUGCUGAGCAGGAGGUUCCUGAGAACCCCAGACCUGGAAUGUCAAACGCUGGCAGUACAAACUCGGUACCCAGGCCGGCUCCUUCUUCUCACGGUAGCGCUGGUUCCGUGCCUAGACCACCGUUCUUAUCCAAUGCCAGUUCUAAACAGGUGCCAAGCUCGAUGCUGAUUGAGCGGACCCGCCUGGCCAGUUCACUUACAUCGUCUUCUGAAGCCAAUGGCGCUGGAGGUGGAAAUAACGUCAUGUCCCUAGCAGAAGACGCAAACCUCGUUACAACAUCUAGAAAAAAGAAGUUCAGGAAACGUCACUAUUCGGUGCUGUACGUUGACACAUCGCUCUUCAAAACACUUGAUCUUGCAUUAACCCUUCAUAAGGAGAAACUUGCCGCCAAUCAUUCAACCAGCAUUCGCAUCCGUGCAAGGUAUCUCACUUAUGAAAACCUUAGAAGAGACUUUUGGGCUAUUCUUUUAGAGCAGUUCAACGUGAAUGAGAAUCCUGAACAGCUAGACUACAUUGAACUCAUCUCGUUGCUCGACACUCUUGGAUGUGAUAACAGUGAUGAUAUCGUGACAAGCUUCUUUAACAAACUCGAUCGUUCGCCUUGGGGAGGUGACACACUCACACAUGAAGAGAUCAUUGACUGCUUGGAAGACUACUUGUUGUUGGAGUCAGAGGGACAGAUAUUUGAAAUCCAUAAAUGUCCAAUUUGCUGCAAGAAACGUCUUUCCAAGAAACAGGAUCAGGAUAUCAUCACUCAUGUUGCUAUUUGUGCUUCUAAAGAUUGGAGUAUUGUCAGCAAACUUUUGAACUCUUCUUUUGUUACUCCCCAAGCUGCUUCCAAACGUUGGUUUACCAAGGUGUUGAUCAAGUUGACCUAUGGUAAAUACGGAUUGGGAAGCAACUCGGCUAACAUUUUGGUGCAAGACAGAUCAACGGGUAUUAUCAUGGAAGAAAAGAUGAAUGUUAGUGUCAGGCUUGGUAUCCGUCUUCUCUAUAAAGGCCUUGAUAAAGCAAAAACAAGGAGGAUCAGGAAUCUUCUUAGGAAAAUGAGUGUGAAACAGGGUAUCAAAUUUGACUCGCCACAUCUGAGGGCAGAUAUCAACUCGUUCAUCAAAUUCCACAAGCUUGACUUGAGCGAAUGUCUCAUUCAGGAUCCAACAAAAUUUGAAACGUUCAAUGACUUCUUCUAUAGGAAGUUAAGGGCUGAAGCUAGACCAGUUGAGGCCAGUGAAGAAGACAGAAUAGCCGUGUCUCCAGCUGACUGCAGAUGUACGACGUUUGUCACUGUUGAUAGUGCUACUGAGCUCUGGAUCAAGGGUCGUAACUUCAGCGUCGCCAAGUUAUUCAAUGGAAACUUCAAUGGUCUUGAAGACACUGACUUGUACAGUUCCGGCAAAUGCAGCAUUGGUAUUUUCAGGUUAGCCCCUCAAGAUUAUCAUCGGUUCCAUUCUCCUGUCUCGGGAACUAUUGGUCCCAUCAAGUACAUUGAAGGAGAGUAUUACACCGUGAACCCCAUGGCCAUUCGGUCUGAUUUGGACGUUUAUGGUGAGAAUGUUCGAGUGAUUGUUCCUAUUCAAACCGAACAGUUUGGAACGGUCGUGAUGGUUGCCAUAGGAGCAAUGAUGGUUGGUUCCACCAUAUUGACUGUGGAGGAAGGCCAGAAAGUGUCACGAGGCGACGAAGUCGGAUACUUCAAGUUUGGAGGAUCCACAGUGCUUCUUCUUUUCCAGAACAGUAUGUUCGAUUUUGACCAGGAUCUCGUGGACAAUUCUUCGCUGUGCGUUGAAACGUUGGUCAGGGUGGGCCAGAGUAUAGGCCAUUCGCCAGAUGUGGAAGAGUACAAGCGAGAGAGAAUCGAUUUCAGCAAGCAGCCUAAGGAUAUCAAGCUUCAUAUCAUUCGUGCUAUUACAGGAGGAGACCUCAACAACUUGGAGGAGCUCGGCAGCUGGGAGAGCCAAAACAUCAAAAUCACCGACGAGGAUGUUCGGGAGUUGAUGAGAGAGGAGGAUUUGGAAGACGACCUCGAAGGAGACCUUGAAGGUUCCGACGAAGAAGGCCUGCUUGAUGAAGCAUAA